AUGCAUGUGGGAAACAAAAUGUCAUUAUAUGGCUUGCAAGCAGGAAAGCAAGACCGGUUGGUUUGGUCUGUUACUUCCAUAGAUACAACUUGACAAGCUAUGGAAAAUAAGGAUGAUUCACCUUUCAGUAUAUUUAUUGAAGCUGUUGUGCUUGUUUAUACUGUUUUGAAGGAAUUGACAGUUUCAAUUUAUCGUUUUUUCAUUAGUCCACCACGAAAAAGUGUUCGGAAUAACAUUGUGCUUAUAACGGGGAGUGGAGGCACGAUUGGCCGAGAACUUUGUGUGCGAUUUAGUAAACUUGGUGCAACACUUGUGUUGUGGGAUAUAAACUUACAGAAAAAUGAGGAGACAGCAACACUGAUUAAGGAAUCUGGAGGAGUAUGUUACACAUAUACAGUCGAUGUCGGGAAGCACGAAGACGUGUCGAAAGUAGGUCAGCGUGUCCUAGAGGAGGUGGGCGUGGUCGACAUACUGGUGAACAAUGCAGCCGUCGUGUCGGGGCGAAGCCUGCUCGAGUGCCCGGAUGAGAUGAUUGAACGGACGUUUGAUGUUAACCUGCUGGGGCAGUUCUGGACGGCGAAAUUUUUCCUGCCCUAUAUGAUCAAGAGGAACCACGGCCAUGUCGUUAACAUCGCAAGCUCCACCGGUCUCCUGGGCCUUCGUAACCUCACCGACUACAGCGCUUCUAAAUUUGGCGUCGUUGGGUUUUCCGAGGUGCUAAAUUUAGAACUGGUGUUUUCCGAAGCGGACGGUGUGCACACGACACUCGUUUGUCCGUCGUUUGUGAAGACGAGCCUGUUUCAGGGAUGUGACAUGAGAUUUCCAGCCGUGUUACCGCCACUUGAAGUGUCAUACUGCGCCGAUAAAAUAGUGCACGCAGUUUUAACCAACCAGGUGGUCUUGUACGUUCCAAGAAUCGUGUACUUUUUCACCAUUUGUAAAACGAUUCUACCAGUUGGGGCAAUGAACGCUAUCUCGAACUUUUUCGGCGCUGUGAGAUUCAUGGACAAUUUUGUCCACGUAGACAACGGAAAUGACCAAGCUGUUCCAAACAGAUCGAUGACGUCACUUCCGAAUGAUACAAAGAAAGACGUGUAGAAAGUUUCUUUUCUGAUUUACUGAAUUUGUCUUGCAAGACGUUAAACUUUGUGUUAGAGUUUUCUGACAAAAUAAUGCCCACAUAACACUAUUAAAAGCUUUUAAAAGUUUGUCGACGCAACGUGAACUAAAUGUCAGUUAAUUCUUUAGUUAAUGUUUAAUUCAAACUCUAGGGAAUCAACGCCUGAAACAAAAUGAGAAGACAAAAACAUAGCUAAUUACAUUUUUUGGAAUCUAUAAGUUUUCUCUCACAAGGCUUUUAAAGCUGCACCUUCACAGUUUGAACGUUUUGACAAGUUCUUUUUUUUGUCAUGGAACGAAUCAAUUUUUGCGAAAAUGCAUGGAUACCAGAGAUAUAAGACUGCUGACAAAAGAUCAGAUCGAAGGUUUUUAUAUCUAUGUUUAAACAUUGAUGUUUUAUGCAUUUUUUCUUAAAGUGUUAUGAACGCUUUUAGCAAUAAAACAUUAAUUUUCGAACGGAAAUAUGAAAAUCUGCUAUCUGACCUUAUGUCAGCAGUUUUAAAUCACGGCUUUUUAGAUAUUUACGCUAAAAUGGCACACCUCGAGACACAAACUUAACGGUCUAAACGGUAAAUCUGUGAGAGUUCAGCUUAAACAUGACUGACAAGUCUGCGGAUCGAUGUUUCACUGAUACAGGAACUGGUCUGGUAUAUAGGAUUGUACAUGUAAACCGAUAGAAUUGUUAUUUAAUACUGGCUAGUACUGCCAGCUGAUAGGUGAAAACGUCGAAUAGAAUUAUAUGGCGUUAGCCAUAUAUCCGUGAUUCUAUUAGCGAGCCAAUAUUAUUGACUUAUAUAGUCUUAUUGGGAGACAUCACCAAGUUAUACCGUGAAUAAUGUCAAUGCCGUGAAUAAUGUCAAUGCCGUGAAUAAUGUCAAUGCCGUGAAUAAUGUCAAUGCCGUGAAUAAUGUCAAUGCCGUGUGAUUCCAAUACUUAUUAUGGGUUCAGGAUUUGUCAGGCAAAUGUGCUUCGACAUGACAAUGAAUGUAUGAUUUGUCUAGCUAGGUUGAUCCUAGAUGUGUCAGUAAUAUUACAGGUAACAGUUAUGUAAAUAGUUUUUUCUCUUAAAUAUUGUGCAAUACAUGUUUCUGUAAAUAAAAUAACU